GAUGUAAACAUUCCUCCCUGUGCCACGCUUAAAGUCAGAGUUAGGUUUGUGUUUGCCUUUUUGACUCGUGGCAUUCCCUUUCAUUUACAUUGUCCCUUUGUAUGUGACUUGGCGGCAGGUUGUUGCAACUUUUAAGCUCCCCGGCUUAAAAAUAAUUCAAGUGAAGGGGCCCAAAAGUGUUGGAUAGACCAAAUAGUCCAAACCGGUUAUAAAGAAGCAGUCCCUUUCAGAUCAGAUGUCCUCCUCCUCCACUACGCCGUCUGUCCUCCUUAAUACGGGGGUUCAGAUGCCCCUGGUGGGUUUGGGGACCUAUAAGUUGCAGGGUCUUGAAGAUGUCUACCGGGCCGUGGAUGCAGCGCUGGUUGCUGGUUAUCGGGCCUUUGACAGUGCGGCCGUCUACCGGAAUGAAGCCGACUUGGGCCGAGCCCUGAAGGAGCUCCUGCCCAAACAUGGCUUAACCAGACAGGAUGUAUUCAUAACCAGUAAGCUGGGCCCCAAGGAUCAGGGUGAGGGGGCCAUGGAAGGAGCCUUGCACAGCUUAUCUCAGCUGGACUUGGGUUAUAUUGACCUCUAUCUGAUCCACUGGCCGGGCACACAGGGGCUGGUAGUGGCUGACCAACGCAACCCAGGCAACCGAGCCCAGAGCUGGGCCACACUGGAGGAGCUGCAUGCCCAGGGGAAGCUGAAGGCCAUAGGAGUGUCCAACUACACACCAGCACACAUGAGAGAACUGAUGCAGAGCUGCAAAAUCCCUCCUGCGGUGCUGCAGGUAGAGUUUCACCCAAGGCUGUGCCAGACGGAGCUGAGGAGUGUGUGCGACGAGUGCGGGGUGUGUUUUCAAGCCUACUCCUCCUUAGGGAAAGGAGAACUGGUCGCCGACCCUGUGGUCAUGGAGGUGGCAAAGAACUGUGAACGCACACCCGCACAGGUCCUGUUGCGCUGGGCCGUGCAGCAGGGCGUCCCAGUACUCCCCAAGUCGUCAAACCCAGACAGAAUAACGGACAAUGCCAGGGUUUUUGACUUCACACUGAGUGACACAGACAUGGACCGACUGUCAGCUUUGGACUGUGGGCACAACUACUGCUGGGAUCCAUCAGAAGUGGCCUGAUAGACCACUGGGGGGACAAAUACUGUCUUCCAUGAUGCCUCUUUAAUGCUGCUGUUAUAGAGUUCUGGCUGGCAGCAAUUCAUUGGUGGGAAAUUGGAUUUUAGACAAGACUACUAAAUUGAUUUCACAUAAAAAAUGCACUGAGGUAAUGUAUUGAGGAUUUAGGUAAAUUAGAUAUCUGACAGCAAUGAAACUGUUGUUUACAAAUCUGUCAAUGUGCCAGCCUUUUAGGACUAUUUUGUUGUUGCCUCUUACUGUUAUUUAAUCAUACUCUCACAAAGUAUUAUUAUGGCUUUUGUGUUCCAGCUUUUCCAUUUGAAUUGUCUAUGAAUUAAAACACUCACUUUAAAA